UGACCUGGCGAAGUACCGGCCCGGGGUUGUAAUUCAAACCAGUUCAGUUUCAACAACGGAGCACGUCUCAGCUCCAGAAGCGCCAAAAGGUUGCAAGAAUAUAAACCUGUAGAUUCGCAUCCUAUCCUCAUUCUGAUCAACACUAGUGAAAUAUGAUCAGCAAAAUUAUAGUUACAAGUUGGAUGUGAUAAAACGCUCAAGAUGCGAUUCAAGCACAGAGAUUUAAUAGUUUUGGUUCUUUGUGCCGUGCUUGGAAGCGCGCUAGGGUUCCGGAGCUGCUCACCUGACCCUUGCAAACACUUUGGAUCUACCUGUAAAACAGACAAGGCUGGCAACUCAUAUUGCGAUUGCUCACCUGAUUACGUUGGAGAAUACUGCCAGUACAAGAAUCCCUGUAACACGGGAGAGCAGAAAUGUUUAAAUGGAGGAACAUGUAAUGUUCUCUUCUCCAACAAUCAACCUCCGACAUUCCAGUGUACCUGUCCUGUUGGGUUUACAGCCUCUCUCUGCGAGGUUCCUGUAGAGAAUGUAUGUGACUCGAGCCCCUGUAGGAACGGUGGAAGCUGUCAUCUUUCAUCUUUGAGCAGAUAUACUUGCACUUGUCCUCUAGGGUGGAAAGGAAAAACCUGUGAGGAACCUGAUAACUGUUCCUCUCAACCCUGCAGGAACGGAGCAACAUGUACGUCCCUUGGGAAGGGAUAUAGAUGUUCGUGUAAGCCUGGGUUCAACGGUCCCAACUGUAAUAUCGACGUAAACGAGUGCCAAGACAGCUGGAAUAAUUGCGUGCAUGGACGCUGUAUAAAUACGUAUGGAAGCUACAAGUAGGUUUUCUUUUAUAAAUAA